UUCGGUAAUUUCAUUAGGGGUGCUCUAGUGGUUGUAGCCCAGCCCAGAGUGGCUCGGCCAGACACCAUGGCGCGCACCGUACGGUUCCUCUCACGUCAUCUUCUUCUUCAUUUUCCUCCCCAAUUCAUUUCUGUUUUUUUCUAGGGUUUCAUGGCAUCUCUCUAGCUGAAUUUCAAUUUUCUACCUCCAUUCCUUUUUCUGUUUCCUAGAUAGCUCCAUCCUUCAAUUCUUUCCCCGGUUUUGUCUCUGCACAUGUCGAACCCCCGUGUCACCAUCACUCUCGGCCGCUCUGGUCAGGUGGUGAAGAGAGGAGUUUCUUCAUCUUCUGCUGCUGACUUUGCACAAUCCUAUGUUGAUUCUGGACCUGAGCCAAGAAGAAAACGAUAUAUUGAGCGAUCAGCUGAUAAUGCAGAGGAUUUGUUCUCAUCCACGAAUAAACGGCAACGUGGAGUUGAUUUUCAUUCCAGUUUAAGUGGCGGCGAAAGGAGAAGUGCUCGUGGUUACGUCAGUUCUUAUUCAAAUAAAGCCUACAGAGUUGGUCAAAAUGAUCUUCGCUUGAAACUUAUGCGCAAAAAUCAAUCUAAGAAAAUUGGUAUUGGGGAAGAACACUCAAGGAUGGAUUUACACAAUCGAUUUUCGAAAAAUUCUCUGCCCUCAACUAGUGGAGAUGCAGUACAUCGUAGGCAUGAAUUUAGAGGGAGCAAUCUUAUAAGACAAACGCAUUCCAGAGAAAGUGCCGAUGAUCUAUACCUAGAACAUUCACAGAGGAAAAGUACUGUUUCCUAUGUUGACAGGAUGAGAGUUAGAUCCCCAGAUGGGGUCAUGAAAAGCUCCAUGGGGCGUUCACCUCCUAAAUACGAUGCUGAGUUUAGGAGAGGUUCCUCUAUGAGAGAAGCUGAUCAAUCAAGAGAUGAAUGGUUUCUUAGAAACGGCAUUGCUGACAGUUACAGGACUGUAGACUCUGCAUCUGCGAAAAUGAAAGCUCCCCUCCCUGUAUCUGGCAGGGCAGCUAAGGAUCACACAGCAAUAAGUGGCAGCAUGCAGAGAAGUUCCCCAAUGGGGGAGCUUCCUCUUUCUGUUGCUGGCUUGUUGAAUUCGCUUGGUUUGGGGAAAUACGCCAUUCAUUUUCAGGCAGAAGAGAUUGAUAUGACAGCUUUAAGACAGAUGGAGGACAAGGAUCUUAAAGAGUUGGGGAUACCGAUGGGCCCAAGGAAAAAGAUUCUUCUCGCCCUGUUGCCCCGUUCUAAGCAGCCACUGCCACCAUCACUCUCAAUGGCUCGUGCAUAGAGUUUUGCAGUUCUUAUGUCUAUCUUCCAAAUGUGUACGGAUGUAUUGAUCUGGAUUACUUAAUUUGUUUUUAUGCUCGAUAACUUAUUCCAUUUACGAAUUAGAGCCCUUUUGUGGGAUGUUUAUCUGUACGUAUAAACAGGUUGAGGAUAAAUUAAGCAGUGGAAUUAAUUGUGUAUAGUGCAUACUUUGA